GUUAUACUCUUACAUUGCAAACUGGAAACGGUAUACGUUCCGGAAAUGUGAUUGAGCCCACCAGUGUAAGUGCCAUUGAACAGCCAUCAACAUCAGUGUUACGGAGUACAGAAGGUAGUUUUGAAAAUCAGGCCAAACUUUACGUACCCCGUCACUAUGGUAACCAGACUGGACUCAAAAGUUAACUGUGAUGUCAUGAUCAGUUACCAAAAAAAUGACUUGGAAUUUACUUGCAAAUUAGCAGAAAAGUUUGAAGAGCAAGGAUGGAAGGUUUGGUUUGCGGACCCUAAAAUGGAGCACCGCAUAAUGGUCAACCAAAAAGGAGAAGCCAUCCUCUCAUGCAAGGUGUUUGUAACUGUGAUCACAGACACUUCCGCCAAAGACACCCAGUGUCAGGAUGAGUUAGCGCUGGCUUAUAUAUCCAACUCCUCCGUAUUCCCAGUCAGUCUGAAGAAAUACAGGGAAAUCGGUCCAAUGCUUGAUGGAGGAAUGAAGUUAAUGUUGGCAAAGAUCAACUGGACAUUCUUUUUCAAAGAAGAAUUAUUUGAGCAGAAUAUGCCAGCUUUGUUGAGUUCCAUAGGGAGGGUUAUUGAUGAAAAGACAGAAGAAACGGCAGCUCCGGAGUCAUUUGAUGAUGGCACAAUUCAGUUCCAUGGCAUGAAUAUAAAUGUCCAUGACAAAUUAAAUGUCGAUUCUGAGGGAGAGGAUGAAGAUGAAGGGGAGUCCUCAGGUGAUAAACCCCAACACAUCCAGAAGUCGGACUCCAGCAUGCUCAGCUAUGAUUUCUGGGAUAGAGCCUUUGGUGACAAGACUGAAGUGACCUGGGUGGAGUUUAAGAAGAAGUUUGAGGCUGAGUACAAGGAAAAGAUUGUCAAGACAUACACAGAGGAAGAAUGUAAGCUGUUUUUGAACUUGAUCUACAAAGACAUAUUUAUGCUGAACAAAUCCAUGAAGAAAGCCACCUAUGACCAGUUCUGUGAGGGAAACCCCUCUGCUGAUCCCCACAGGUUCUACCACAGACUGGCUCAGUAUGCCAAGGGAUAUCACGCCAUGAGAGAAGUCUUCAAUAUGGAUAGUACACUGAGGCUUAUCACCAUACAGAAGCUAGGAGAGUUCUGUUUCCCAGCUGUCAUCAGUGGACUCACAGACAUGUUAAAGGAUGAAGAUGCAAACAUAAGAGCAAUAGCCACAAUAGCCUUGGCAAAGUCAGGAAGAGCACAGAAGACCACUGUAGAGAAGAUAAUUGGGAUGUUAGAGGAUGUUGACAGACUGGUCAGAGAGAGUGCCUGUCUAGCACUGGGAUACCUAAAAGCAGGAGGAAAAAGUGAACAAGCAGUUGCAGAUCGAUGGAGGAAUGAUCCCAUUAAAUCUGUGAGAGAAGCAGCAGAAAUAGCACUGAAACGAAUGGGAGGAGAUCUGGCCAAAAAGUGUAUCCAUAUCACAGACGUUCUGUCCUCAGAAAUGCAGUUCCUAAAGACUCCUAUAUCCUAAUGGUCUAUCAACUACACAGAGAAAUUAACUAUGGCGCAGAAUUCACUUUCCUUUUUAACCUGUUUAACUAAACUAUGGUGUACCGGUAAUUUAUUACAAAUGAG